GGGCGCUGCUCCGGGCCGAGGCGCUCUGGGGCGGGGGUGGCGCUCCCGGGCUGAGGCGCUGAGGGCAGGGGCGCCCCCAGGCCCUCGCCCUGAGCCGGGACGCGCGGCCGCGGGCGUCCUCCGCGCUCCGCGCCGCCUCAGUUCCAGUGACAGCCUGAGGCGGGGCGCGCGGGCGGAGUGCGCAGCCGCCCUGCCUGCCCCGAGCACCUCCUGAGGGCCGGGGUCCUCUUUCACCGCGCGCCCGGCCUGCGGGGCUCCCAGGGCCGUCGUGGUCCCCGAGGUCAUCGUUUGGGUCCCCCGAGUCCGACCGCGCUGGGUCCUGUCCCUCCUCAGCCCUAGGCCCCGCCCCGGCCCUGGAGAGGGACAAACUCGCGCGCAGCUGCCCUAGGCCUGGCGGGGCCGCCCGGACCCUGCCUGGACCUGCCCGGCGCUGCGCCCAGUGACUCGUUUCCCCGCUGGCCACGUGAGGGCUGCUGACGGAGGGACGGGCUCUGAGCCAGGCAGUUUCUCUUCAGAGAGCAGAGUGUGCUGCAGACUUCCCGUGCAAACCUAAUCUGGCCUGGGGAGCCCCCGGGGAGGGCUGACCCCGCGGCCGCCCAGGUGCCGCCCCUUCAGCUAUGGAGGAGGAAGAGGCCUGCCCGGAGACUGGCUUCUGCCUGGGAAGUGCCCUGCGCUUCUGGGGGCUGCUGCUCAUGGAGGAGCAUUCACAGUCCACCAUGCUGAUGGGGAUUGUGAUCGGAGCCCUCCUGGCACUGGCCUUUGUUGGCAGCAUCAUCUUUCUUGUGUCUAGAAGAGUUGAGAGAUCUCGACAGACACAGCCCACUCCUCAGUACAGAUUCCGGAAAAGAGACAAAGUAAUGUUCUAUGGCCGGAAGAUCAUGAGAAAGGUGACCACGCUGCCCCACGCACUGGUCGGGAACACUGCUGCACCCCGGCUGCGGACCCGGAAGAGGGCCAAGGUGCUCUCUUUGGCCAAGAGGAUUCUGCGUUUCAGGAAGGAGUAUCCCACCCUGCAGCCCAAGGAGCCGCCACCAUGCCUGCUGGAGGCCGGCCUCAGCGAGUCUGACGUGCAGAGCUCUCAGCUGCCCUCGGAAGUCCUGUACAUGUUGAAGAGCGUUCGGGUCCUGGGCCACUUUGAGAAGCCGCUGUUCCUGGAGCUUUGCAAGCACAUGGUCUUCGUGCAGCUGCAGGAGGGGGAGCCCAUCUUCCAGCCGGACGAGCCGGACACCAGCAUCUACGUGGUCCAGGAUGGCCGGCUGGAGGUCUGCGUCCAGGACGCGGAUGGCACCGAGGUGGUGGUCAAAGACGUUCUGGCUGGAGACAGCGUGCAGAGCCUCCUGAGCAUCCUGGGCGGCAUCACCGGCCACACUGUACUGUAUAAAACCGUCUCUGUCCGUGCGGCUGUCCCUUCCACCAUCCUCCGGCUUCCAGCUGUGGCUUUUCAAGGCAUUUUUGAGAAAUAUCCCGAAACCCUGGUGAGGGUGGUGCAGAAAACUUGCAAAAAUAAUGCAGAAUUCCCAUUUGUACUGCAUCCCAUUCACCGGACGUUCACAUCUUUUGUUGCCACAAUCAUCAUGGUGCGGCUGCAGAGAGUGACCCUCCUGGCUCUGCACAACCAUCUAGGCCUGACCACCGAGCUCUUCAAUCCUGAGAGCCAGGCCAUACCUCUCCUGUCUGCCGGGAAAGCCAAGAGGCAGAUGUUCCAUGCCCUGGAUGAGCGAGAGUCCUGUGACUCAGUAGAUGGUGGAGGCAGCCGUCUGGCAGCAUAUGGGCCUCUGCUGAAGAGGAGCCACUCCUUCCCUCUACCUUCUGUCCAUGAAGAGAUCUUAGAGGAGCUCGGGAAGUCCCAGGCAGGUGACCGUGACCCUUUGGCCCCACAAGGUGUCAGGUUUCUGAAGCUACAUGAAUUUUUUUUAAGGCUUCUGGCCGGGGCCACCUCAGACCUGGGAAUGGCGUGCGACCGUGCCAGGGUCCUGCUGCACUCUGAGGAGCGCCCCAGGAACUCCGUGGCUGGCAAGUUCAAGAAAAGUGUGAUGGUGGCAGAGACCCCCUCUGCUGUCUGCCACUACUCAGAGGGUCUCUCAGAUGAGACUGGCACCAGCGGCGAGACAGACACCAUCUUCAGAGCUGCCAAGAAGGCCCUGCUCGCCCUGAUGAAGCUGACGGACGCCUCCCUGCUGGAUGGCCGGGUGACACUUCUCCAUGUGCCUGCAGGCACCGUGGUGUCGAGACAAGGGGACCAGGAUGUCAACAUCCUCUUUGUGGUCUCGGGCCUGCUGCACGUGUACCAGCGGAAGAUUGACAGCGAGGAGGACACCUGCCUGUUCCUCACACACCCCGGGGAGAUGGUGGGUCAGCUGGCCGUGCUCACAGGCGAGCCCCUCAUGUUCACCAUCAGGGCCAACAGGGACUGCAGCUUCCUGUCCAUCUCUAAGGCCCACUUCUAUGAAAUCAUGCGGAGGCAGCCGACUGUCGUCCUGAGCGUCGCGCACACCGUCGUGAGGAGGAUGUCACCCUUUGUGCGGCAGAUCGACUUCGCUCUGGACUGGGUGGAGGUGGAGGCCGGCCGUGCGGUGUACAGGCAGGGUGACAAGUCCGACUGCACAUACAUCGUCCUCAGCGGCCGGCUACGCUCUGUGGUCCGGAAGGAAGAUGGAAAAAAGCGCCUGGUCGGGGAGUACGGCCGCGGAGACCUUGUUGGAGUGGUGGAGGCGCUGACCCACCAGGUCAGGGCAACCACAGUACACGCUGUACGGGACUCAGAACUGGCCAAGCUGCCUGCAGGAGCCCUGACAUCCAUCAAGCGCAGGUACCCACAGGUGGUGACGCGUUUGAUCCAUCUUUUGGGCGAGAAGAUCCUGGGCAGCCUUCAGCAGGCACCUGUGACAGGUCACCAGCUUGGGCUCCACGCCACAGGCAGCAAGUGGGACUCUGGGAGCCUGGCGGGCAACCUGUCCACGGUGGCAGCGAUGCCUGUGUCUGAGGAUGUGCCCCUCACGGCCUUCGCUCUGGAGCUGAAACAUGCCCUCUGCGCCAUCGGUCCAACGCUGCUGCUGACCAGCGACAACAUAAAGCAGCGCCUUGGCUCGGCGGCUCUGGACAGCGUCCACGAGUACCGGCUGUCCAGCUGGCUGGGCCAGCAGGAGGACAUCCACCGGAUCGUGCUCUACCAGACGGACAGCACACUCACACCCUGGACUCAGCGCUGCGUCCGGCAAGCCGACUGCGUCCUCAUCGUGGGCCUGGGCGAGCAGGAGCCUCUGCUGGGCGAGCUGGAGCGGAUGCUGGAGAACUCGGCCGUGAGGGCGCAGAAGCAACUGAUCCUGCUGCACCGGGAGGAGGGCCCGGCACCCGCCCGCACCGUGGAGUGGCUCAACAUGCGGAGCUGGUGCUCAGGUCACCUGCACCUCCGCUGUCCACGCCGCGUCUUCUCCCGCAGGAGCUUGCCCAAGCUGGCGGAGAUGUACGAACGCGUCUUCCAGCGGACCCCAGACCGGCACUCGGAUUUCUCCCGCCUGGCACGGGUGCUGACGGGCAACGCCAUUGCCUUGGUGCUUGGGGGAGGGGGAGCCAGAGGCUGUGCCCAGGUGGGCAUUGUCAGGGCCCUGGCAGAGUGCGGCAUCCCCGUGGACAUGGUUGGAGGGACAUCCAUUGGGGCCUUCAUGGGCGCCCUGUACUCCGAGGAGCGCAGCUACAGCCAGAUGCGGAUCCGGGCCAAGCAGUGGGCUGAGGACAGGACGUCGAUAGUGAAGACGGUGCUGGACCUGACCUACCCCAUCACGUCCAUGUUCUCGGGUGCCGGCUUCAACAGCAGCAUCUGCAGCAUCUUCAAGGAUCGGCAGAUUGAGGACCUGUGGCUCCCCUACUUCGCCGUCACCACUGACAUCACGGCUUCUGCCAUGCGGGUGCACACGGAUGGCUCUCUAUGGCGUUAUGUGCGUGCUAGCAUGUCCCUGUCGGGCUACAUGCCCCCACUCUGCGACCCCAAAGACGGACACCUGUUAAUGGACGGGGGCUACAUCAACAACCUUCCAGCGGAUGUGGCGAGAUCCAUGGGGGCAAAAGUGGUGAUUGCCAUCGACGUGGGCAGCCGGGACGAGAUGGACCUCACCAACUAUGGCGACGCCCUGUCGGGGUGGUGGCUGCUGUGGAAACGCUGGAACCCUUUGGCCACGAAGGUCAAGGUGCUGAACAUGGCAGAGAUCCAGACCCGCCUGGCCUACGUGUGCUGCGUCCGGCAGCUGGAGACAGUGAAGAGCAGUGACUACUGCGAGUACUUGCGGCCCCCCAUCGACGGCUACGGCACCCUGGACUUCGGCAAGUUCAACGAGAUCUGCGAAGUGGGGUACCAGCACGGCCGGAUGGUGUUUGACAUCUGGGCUCGCGGUGGCGUGCUGGACCGGAUGCUGCAGGACCGGCAGGGAGCCAGCAGGAGACAGGCCUGCUCGACCCUCGCCUGCCCCAACGCCUCUUUCACUGACCUCGCCGCGAUCGUGUCCCGCAUCGAGCCUGCCAAGGCGGCCGCUGUGGACGACGAAUCAGACUACCAGACUGAGUACGAGGAGGAGCUGCCCGACGUACCCCAGGAUGCAUAUGCGGACUUCCAGAGCACCCGCGAGCGGGGCUCUGACUCGGAAGAUGAGCUCUCACCUAGGCAUCGACACCCAGCACCCUGGGGCUGUGCCAGGCCCCCGCGGGCUGAACUGGCAUCAAUAAAGGUAGAUGAGACUACGACACGUCAUCCCUGUGCAAGGUCACUGCCCGCGGCCCGGUCGUCUCCCCUCUUCCAAGGCUGGCAGGGUGGUGCCCAGGGUCUGGAUGAAGCUGGGGACCCCCCCCACGCCCGGAUGAGCCCCUCAGAUGCCCAGGCCUCGCUCACCCUGGAUCUGGUCGGGUGCUGACCUAAGUACUCCUCUGGGAGCAGGGGACCCUGUGCUAUAAGAGCGGGACCCCACCCUGGGAGGCCCUGGGCCCCGGGGCCUUGCAGUCACCUGACCUCAGGCCUCAGUUUCUCAGCUCUGCGGCCCCGCCCAGGACCACGCCCUCCCGUGACGUCACGGAGGCGGAGCCACCGCCCCCGACCGGGCCGCUGUCUCCGCGGCUGCCGGUGCUGCUGCUGCGGGACACCGAGUGCCCGGCGCUGCCAUGCAG